CUGCGUGCGGCACGCGUUAUGGAGCCGCUAGUCGCAGAGCUGCAGCAGAAGAUUGAGGACACGCUGUCCCCCUUUGGAUUCGAGGUUUACCCCUUUCAGUUCCACAAAUUGAAGUCCCCUACAUACACGACAUAUAUUCCACUGAACCACAUCCUCCUCUCUACCCUGUCAAAUUCAGAUGCGUCUGAGUGUGAUGCAUGUUAAUGCAUCACUAAAGCGUCAGUGAAGUCAUUGAUGGAAUGCUUGAGAUGGAAGCUAGGUGGCAUGGUACAAUGCAGUUCUGCCUCCAGCCUUCCAUCUGCCCCUGCCAUCAUCUACCCUGGCCUUCGUGGUCCUCAGCACACCUGCCAUGUUUGACCGGGCCCUCAAGCCCUUCCUACAGAGCUGUCACCUCCAACCUCUGACUGACCCUGUGGACCAGUGUGUGGCCUACCACCUCAGCCGGGUUAGAGAGAGCCUCCCAGAGACAGAGAUGGAAGUCAUCGCUGACUAUGAAGUACACCCCAACCGACGCCCCAAGAUCCUGGCCCAGACAGCAGCCCAUGUGGCAGGUGCUGCUUUCUACUACCAGCGUCAGGACGUAGAGGCUGAUCCUUGGGGAACCCAGCACAUAUCAGGUGUGUGCAUACACCCCCGAUUUGGGGGCUGGUUUGCCAUCCGGGGGGUAGUACUGCUCCCAGGAAUAGAAGUGCCGGAUCUGCCACCCACGAAACCUCCUGACUGUGUACCGGAGCGAGCAGACCGCAUCUCACUGCUGGAAGGUUUCAACUUCCACUGGCGUGAUUGGACUUACCGGGAUGUUGUGACACCUGAAGAGCGCUACUCUGAAGAGCAGAAAGCUUACUUCUCCACCCCACCUGCCCAACGCUUGACCUUGCUGGGUUUGGCCCAUCCCUCAAAGCCUUGCUCCGAGUCCCCCGAGAUUUCUGUUACCACACUUGAUCACAAACCUCAGAAUCCUAGAAGUCAGAGCUGGCUCAGCCCCAGGGUCUCGCCACCUCCACCUCCUGGCCCUUGACAGCCUCCCUCUUUGAGAUGCCUUAUUUAUGACAAUGGUACUUGCUAGGCCUUACUCCACUUUGGUGAGGCAAAAUGAUUAUUUUUGAUAAAAUAUAUUAGAGAUGUCCAAAGAAUAUUAGGAUCAGUUUAGGCAAUACAAUAAACUCAAAACUAUCGCAGAUCUAGAAUUCCCAUGUAGGCUAGAAUACUGGACUAUUUGUUACAUAAUAGCAUCUGUUUCCCCAGUAGCCUAAGAUGGCACCUGUUACCAGUCCCUUAGUGUUUCUCAACCACUUGAGUGUUGGCCUUUGAACCUUGGCCCACAGGCUUCCCUAACCACCCCUUCACAACCUGUCCUACCAAUUGGGCCCCUAUUUAUAAUUUUUUUCCCCACCUGUGGCCCCUUAAAACAUGCUGGAGUACUACCACCAAGAAAACCAAUGGUCCCUAGUUGUCAGAAUAACGGUACCUGUUAGGGUUAUAUUGUGGGGAAGGAAUAAAUGUGUAAAAACUUGU